AUGGCGUUUCACCUCACCAACCACCACCUUGCCCGCCCUCUCCCCACCUUCUUCACCCCGGCCGACUUAACCUGGAACGGUCAACCCAUCGCCGCCGUCCCCCACUCCCACCUCGCGGUCGAGUGCAACGUUCGUGGUCUCACGACCACCGGCACGAGCUUCGACCUGCUCGCCCGCCUCCGGGGCCAUCUGGGCCUGGAGGUCCGCGCUGUGCCCUGGCGGCUCCAGAAGCCGGCCAACUACGCCACCAAACUGGAAAAGGCUGACCGCAAGGUCUUCACGGUCAUCGAGGCCGUCGAGUUUGGCGGGGUUAAAAGGGGCCACAGAAAGACGACGAGGAUGUUCACCAUCCUGGACGAGUUUGAGAGGCCAUUUGAGGUGAGGGUUGGUACGAAGGGAAAUACGUGUACUUGUUUCGACAAGAAUCCUCCUCGAACCGACGGCGUCGUUUUGACGAACGAGCACUUGCUGUACGUCCUCCGCCACGUCCUCGCCUGCCCUGCCCCCCUCCUCUGGCAAGGCUCCUUUCUCCCCUCCGAGAUGGAGGCUAUCUUCACCAACUCGCCGUUCGCCACAAUCCUCGACCGGUCCCUGGGCCUUUGCGGCCACAGGCAGAACCAGCAGCAGGGGGUCUGCCCGCCCCGCGGCCGCGACACUUGCGCUCGCUGCUUCAAGGAGUGCAACUUGGGCCAGCACCCGCAGCGAGUCUGCCAGAAGUGCUGGUGCAAUCGCUUGCACUUCGAUUGCUUUGCGGGGAGAGAGGGGGCAGUAGGCGCGACCAGAGCGGACGAGGCUUCGCCCGUUUGUUUUGCUUGCGAGUUCCCAGAUGCUUGGCAUCGCUGGGGUUCGGCGUUUGACAACAACGUCGUCGGGGCUGGUUUUGCGGGUGCGGGUGCUGGGGGCUUUGUGGGAAAUCUGGGGGCACUACCCUUUCACGGGGCGAACCAUGACAAUGACAACUAA